GUUUUCUAGAUAUUCUCCUAGAGAAUUCAUAUGCUUGUGACUGACUAUAACUGAGCUCAGAUACAUGAGUAGUGUAAAUAUCACACAAUGCUUGAUUAAAGAAAGUUAAAGAUGCUCUAAAUUUUGCAAAUAUGAAUUUAAAAAUUUUCUAGUUUAGAAAAGAAACAGUACCAAAAUCCAAAUGAUGUAGAUUUGGAUCAGAAGUUCCUAGCUUGUUUCAUCUGUUGCCAGCACUAAUGUCCUCUUACUAGAAGUGAUAUAUGAUGUAUAAGUAUAUAUUUUAAAAUUAAAUUUAGUUUUAUGAGAAGGUUGAAUUUGGGGACAUACUAAUAAGUAGUCUAGGUUGUAACUAAAUAAAGUUUGGGAAAUCACUAGUUUUAGGUGCUUUACGAAAUUAAAGCUGCCAUUGAAGCAUUCAAGCAAGCAACAAGUAGUUGAUUAUUGCUUAUUGAUGAGACUCUAAGAUGGUGCUGUGGAAGAUAUACAAGAAAUAUAAAGACAUCUCUACCUGGAAGGACUUGUUAUCUAGUAGUCAUGGUAAGAAGUAAAUUUAGGAAGCAGCACAAGGUGGGACUUAAGUGAUGAAUGGGUGACAUAAGCUUUAAGAGUUACAAGAGUUCUGAGAAGGGGACUUAGGGUGAACUAGUCAGGAAGGCCUGGGCCUGGACGGAUGUGAGGUUUAAAUAGAUGGGGAAGGGGAAGUUGAGUUCAGACUGGGAGGAUGUGUGGGCAAAAGCACAAAGAUGAGAUUGACUGCAGCUGAGUAGCCUACUUCAGGAGACCGCUCCAAGAAGAGAGGAAAAUUUGUUUUAUGAAUUUUCAGGCGUCCCCAAGGUGGCUGGAAUCCAUCAGAGACUGAAUAGACUGUGAGCACUCUCAGCUGCUUUCUCCCCUUGUCGGAACAGAAGCCAACACACACCAGCUGAAGACAAGGCUUUGGAGGUUUUUAAAGUAGCCUGUGCUUCUUCCUUGGACGGACGGGGACAAGUAAAAUUUUACAAAGUGCUAUCAGAGGCCCUGAGAACACAAACACAUCUGGUUUUCGUUCCCUUGCUGAAUGGCGUUUGCUGGAGCAGCCCACUGAGGGCUCUUUUCCUCAGGAUUCUGUACUUAUAACAAGGAAAUCAGCCUGGAAAGAUGCUGAGUUCUAUCAAGUGUGUGCUGGUGGGAGACUCUGCUGUUGGCAAAACCUCUCUGUUGGUGCGCUUCACCUCAGAGACCUUCCCAGAGGCCUACAAGCCCACAGUGUAUGAGAACACAGGAGUGGACGUCUUCAUGGAUGGCAUCCAGAUCAGCCUGGGCCUCUGGGACACAGCCGGCAAUGAUGCUUUCAGAAGCAUACGCCCUCUGUCCUACCAGCAGGCAGAUGUGGUGCUGAUGUGCUACUCAGUGGCCAACCAUAACUCUUUCCAGAACUUGAAGAACAAGUGGAUUGGUGAAAUCAGGAGCAACUUGCCCUGUACCCCUGUGCUGGUGGUAGCCACCCAGACUGACCAGCGAGAGAUGGGGCCCCACCGGGCCUCCUGCAUCAAUGCCAUAGACGGAAAGAAACUGGCCCAGGAUGUGAGAGCAAAGGGCUACCUGGAGUGUUCAGCCCUCAGCAACCGGGGAGUGCAGCAGGUAUUUGAGUGUGCUGUCCGAACUGCCGUCAACCAAGCCAGGAGGCGCAACAGAAGGAGGUUCUUCUCCAUCAAUGAGUGCAAGAUCUUCUAAACCCCAGACAGACCCAACACUCAUUUACUCACCCAGAGACUAAUGGGUAAAGAGAGAGUAGGCAAACCUGGAAGAGUUGAUACUCUUUCUGUAUACAUCUUGAGCAGUGUUUCCUCUUGGGCACAGUUGUUGAUGAGACUCGGCCUCUGAAUAAAUUCUACAAAAAUCAACUCCUUGCCCAGUCCAAUAAAAAAUUCCAUGGUAAGCUGUAAUGAUUAUUUCAUUUUUAUUAAAAAAAAUUAAAAUGAAGGUCGCCCAUGUCCCUUUAAUUUUAGACAAUGAAAUGAAUUUUGCAAAGAACUUCAUAUUUAAAGACACAUUUUAUUUAAAUAUUAACAAAGUGCAUAGCUCUUGUAUAUAAUUAGGUUUGGAAAGUCUUUUCCUAUGUGCUUACAAACACAAAUUCCUGAUGAGUAAAAUGACCUUAUGGGGCUCUGCCACAUGUUUAUAGCGUUAUUAUUGUCUCCUGAAUUGCUAGUAAUUUUAUCGAAACCACUUGUCUGGAUUUUACUAGGUAAUCAAAUUUUUAAAAUACCAUAAACUGAUCCUUUUGGUUAAUUUUCCAUCUACCUAUCUUAUUUAAAGCUGUAAAUAAAAAUAUAAUUCAAUAACAUAUUUUAUUACUGCCUGAUGAUUUGCAUAUAUGUAUAUCAUUAGGCAGUAUUAAAAAUGUUAUUGAAUUAUAUUUUUAAUACUGUCUAAUGAUUUAAAUUUAAAUCGGAAUCCCUAUGGCUGCUAACCAAAAGAUUGGCAGUUCGAAUCCACCAGCAGCUCCUUGGAAACACAAUGGGGCAGUUCUACUCUGUCCUAUAGGGUCGCUAUGAGUCGGCAUUGACUCGACUGCAACAAAUUUUUGGGAUGAUUUGAAAAUUAUCACCUAUAUUUCUCUAUAAUUAUAAAAAUCUUUUAAAAAAUUUACUGUAUUACCUUUCACCCAAAGAACUCCAAUUAUACACUAAAUAGACCUAUCUCACUCACCAAGAAAGACUGAAAGAAAACCUUUCAGGUGGCGAAUCAGAUUGCUCCAAGUAAUAGCCGUAGAACCUGGGACAGAACCCAGGAAGCCCAUGUUCAUGUCAGGAACUACUGCACUUUGCUCGUUUCCUCUGCCACUGUGGUUCCUAUCUGGCUGCAGGUCUAGUGAAAGAGAGCAGACUCAAAGUUCCGUGUGACAGUAAUUUAGCAAACUCUUUCUCGUUUGAGCUCUAAAUUCAGCUGGCACGCAACAGAAUUUAUUAAUUUUAGUAUCUAAACAGAAUAAUUAAGGUUUCUAAUAUAUGUAUAUGUAAGGGGGGAAAAGGUGGAAUUUUUAGCUUUUACUACUUCAUGAAUAUGGAGCACCUGAGUGAAAAGUCACAAAUUAGUGGGAUGGAAUACAGACACAAGGAACAGGAAAGCUGUGUAGCAGUUGCUCAGAUACUCGAUAAAAAGCUAUCAGGGAAAUACUGGAUAAAUAGGGACAUACACACACACACACACACACAGACACCAAGCCCUGCUCUAUCUAAUAGCUUAAAAGCAAUGCUCCUGCUAAUCUGUUAAAGUUGGAACACAAGUUUGUGUAAUUUGAGGAAGAAUUUGUGAAGGCUGGCACACAGAUGAAUCAUUUGCUGCUGUAAUCAAAUAAAACUCACAACCCUUCUGAAUCACAUUUGUUAAAAUAGUUAUGAUGCAUGGCCAUUACACCCAAUGGUAAGGAAGCUGGCGUUAAUGACUAUGAUUAGAAUUAUGUAUGACAUCACCAAACCAAUUUUUCAGUUUCUCUGUAUGGUUAAUUCUUUAUAGCUAUAAUUACUGUCAAAAAUCAACAUUGUGUUCCUCUUCCACAUAGCUUUCUCCUUCUUCUCUCAUCUCAUCCACAUCCAGUAAAAAGCCAGGGAACUGGAUCUCAGUCUCCAUGGCUGAUGUCCCCUCAAUUCCUUGGGACUGACAUGUCUGUCUUCACCAUGACAUCUUUACACCUCCAGUCCUGUGGCUUGUCCUUGACCCUAUGUCACCCAUGUCCCUGUACUUAAGAGUACCUAUAUCCAGCUCUCUGCACUGGGUCUUCUGAGCAUUGGAGAGCUUAAAGUCUGACCAGGCAGGGGCGGAGGUGGGCAGCCCAUAUCCCCUGGUAUCCCUGCUGAUCCUUCUCCCUCUCCCUAUCACAAAAACAUUCAACUAACUAAUGCAGAGUUUCCUUCAGGGCCAAGUUUGUGGGGAGUGAGAGGGCUAUUUAAUAUUUAAUAUGUUAGUAAGAAUGAAUUUCUAGUCACUAAAAUUGGCUGCCCCCAAAGCUUUUCUUUCCUUCUUGUUGAAGGGAGAUGGGAGGAGGGGGUGUCUGAAGGUGGGAAGGAACCAGGUACCAGAUUCUAACUGGGAGAGGAGGAGAUGUUUCUAUGGUGGAAGGGGAGGAGCUGAAGGGAAAGCAGAGAGGACAAAAUCAAACAAUACAGACUCCAUGGCUUUGUCAUUACCUGGGCAAGGACACACAAGAUGAGACCUCUGCCUCUUGGCAGGAGCCAAGCUUAAAGAUUUCCUCUAGGAACCGUCACACCUCAGAGCAGGGAAUUUUUGUGUAAACCCUCCCCAGUGAUAGGACCUGGAGGAAAUUAAGGUUAAUCAGCAUCUUUCUUUCUUACUAGACCAGAUCCUUGAAGACAUAAAAAAACAAAAACAAAAAACAAUACUGAGUUGCCAUCAAGUCAACUUCAGCUCAUGAGGACUCCAUAUGUGUCAGAGUAGAACUGUGCUCCAUAGGGUUUUCAGUUUUGGGAAGUAGAUAGCCAGGCCUUUCUUAGUUGCCUCUGGGUGGACUCAAACUACCAAGCCAAACUUACUAACUUUUGCACACCCAGGGAGUCCUCUUGAUGGCAUUCAUCUCAGUGUCUCAGGGCUUAGCACUGGGAAGGGAUAGGAGCUGAACAAAAGUCUGUUGAACUAAACUGAAGAGAAAAAGACAGGAAUUGUGCGGCUGUGCCACCUAAGUGGUUAUGGGAAAGAAACAGAUUCUAGCCAACCUCGCAGGAGUGAAAUUAGGUCAUUUGGUGGAAUCCAUGUAAUCACUGUGGUUUAGAAGUGUGUUCUACAUGCAUGUAUAUUUAUUUUUGUCUGCCUAGACUCAGGCAUAUUCUUAUACUUCAAAAGUCUUGGUACCUUUUUGUGGACUAUAUUAUAUGUCGAUUCUUUUUUUUUCCCAAGGGAGUAAUUUAUUUAACAAUGAGCAAUCCAAAUAAUGUUCUGGUUCGUGCUUUUUUUCUUAAUAAAACAAAUACUUUUCUAAUAAAUUUGCAUGGAUAUAUUGUGCAAUUAGUAAAAAUAACCCAUAUAUAAAAAUUCUAGACCAUCCAUUCAAGUAAUGGAUCAUAAAAGUCUUUCACUGAAUUUUAAAGACAUUCAUCUGUAAUUUCUCCUUAAGCCCAAGUUUGGCGGUUAAAGUGGCUGAAGCACUGAGGUUUCUUAUUUCAAAUACGAUUUUUUUUUUUUUGGCCAGUACACAUAUUGUUUUAUGACAUUGGUUAACA